GUAAUGAGUGCAGAGUCUCACACACCUGCAGAAGAAAAGAUAAAGCAGAAAGCGAGCAGAAGAAGAAGAAGAAGAAGCGGCUCACGGAGGGAAGUGCACUUGUACAGAUCAGUGUGUCUUUAUUAGGGCAUUUAACGGGUCGGAGCUGAUGGGCUCAUUCUGGUCUGAACACUGUGGUUCGGUGGGCAGAGUCAGGAGCAUGGGCGGUGCAGAGGGUCUGGUGGAGCGAGUGGACGAUGACGACUCUCUGGAUGGGCGGGACAGACAGGAGGACAUCGCCAGGUUCCCGUAUGUGGAGUUCACGGGCAGAGACAGCAUCACCUGUCCCACCUGCCAGGGCUCUGGACGCAUCCCCUCAGAUCAGGUAAAUGAGCUGGUGGCAUUGAUUCCCUACAGUGACCAGAGACUGCAGCCUCAAAGGACGAAGCAGUAUGUGGGUCUGUCUGUGAUUGUGUGUUUGUUCAUCUGCUCCCUCAUCACGUUCUUCAUGUUCCCUCGGCCUGUGCUGGUAGAGGACGGAGGGAUUCGGUCUGUUAUCAUUCAUUUUGACCACGACACCAGCCGUGUGCUCAUUAACAUGACCAGUGCCCUGAACUUUAACAAUGGGAACUUCUUCACCGUGUUGGUGGACAGUGUGAGCAGUCAGGUUCUUUACAUGAAGACGGUCAUUGGCACGCAGCAGCUCGACAACAUGGUCAGCAUCCAACCACUGAGCCAGAGACAGAUGAACUUCACUGUGAGUGUGGAGAUUAGCGGUUCGCUGUCCUACGUGUAUGCUUUCUGUACCAUGGCGAGCAUUAAGGUUCACAACAUUGUGGUGUUCACACAGACCUCUGUAAAAACGUCCUACGUGAUUCGCAGUGCACAGUACACACUGGAGGCGUAUCGCUACAUUGACUGUGGCGCUAACUCCACCCUGCACCACCCACCUGACCUUCGUGGCUCUGUGCUGCCCCGCUCAGGCCGGAGGACUCUGCGCACACACACCGGCUCCACCCAUUAAACACAGAUUGUUAGCAUUGUUAGCAUCAUGCUAUCUUUAAGCCAGCAAUAUUAUGAGUGUUUCUCAUAGUACACCACCCCAUUAACUGAGUGUGGCUGAGAUGCUAAAUGCUAACAUUGAAUUCCUACUGGAUAAAAAACUGCUGCAUUUCCUGUUUACAUUCUCGUCUCAGGUCAUAAAGGGUUAAUGCUUAGCUUUAGCAUUUUGUAUUUCUGUAUUUAAACUAAAGGGACGGUGAUUUUCGGAAUAAAUGAGGAUAAGGAUGCUAAAUCCUAGCAUGUGGUGUUACUGCUGAAUGGCUGCUAAUAUCUCAGGUCACUUAUUUCAGGAGCAUUUAGCUUUAGCAUGUAGCCUUGUAGACUUAAGGCAGAGAGAUUUGUAUCUAAAUAUCAACAUGACUGAGAUGCUAAAUGCUAACAAAUGGAUGAAAAUGUUGGUGUUUAGUGUUAACAUUUAGCAUUAGCAUGUGUUUCUGUACUUGAAGCAGAAGAAGAGAAAUUGUGCACAUUUAGAAGUUUUAGCAUUUCUCCUGCGUUCAGACUGUUGCAGGUAGAAUUUGUAAUUUAAUAAUAAUUAAAUAUAGUUAUUUUUAAUCAUAAUUAAGUAUAUAAUUAUAUUUAAUAAUAAUUUAAACUUGUUUGUUUUCCUCAGUAACUGAGAUGCUACAUGCUAAUAUGAGGCGUACUUACUGUUUACACACAUUUUUCCCCAGGAUAAAGUUUUCAUCGCUUCUUAAUUAACAUCAUUAAAGUUGUCAAGCGUGUCAUUAACGUUCUGAUCAAUUCUGAUUUUAAAUAUUUCAUUAUGUGAAUUGUUAAUAGCUCUGACUCCGCCCCCUCGAGUCCCUGACAGUGUUUACUGAAUUAAUUUGGUAUUAUUAUUAUUAUUAUUAUUAUUAUUAUUAUUAUUAUUAUUAUUAUCUGAAAUGGUAAAAUUAAGUGUUUCCUUGAGAGUUUUUCUUUAUUGUAACUAAGAUGAGAGUUACUGACUCCGGCGUGAAACCGAAAUCCAGCAUUUCAGUGAUGUGAUAAAAUAAAGAACAUUCUUUGAAUUCCUUAAA